CGAAGCGCCGCUGCAAUCCCAUUGGUCGGGAUUUUGACCGGGUGGGCGUGGACAGACGUCAGGUUUCCUUCCUGUCUCGGACGCAACCGCGACGAUGAAAACUGAUUUAAUAACGGCGCGUUCGGGGCUCCCGACGGACUCGGCGACGCGCUAGGAAGCCAAAGACGGAAGAGGCCGAGGUCGACGCCGCCAUGGCGGCCACCUGCCGGAAAAUCGGCGGUGCGCAGAUCCGCGGUCUCCUGGAGGCGAAGGACUUCUUCCUGUUCGACUGCGACGGGGUCCUGUGGCACGGCGAGAAGGCGGUGGCCGGCGCGGCCCUGGUGGUCAACGCGCUCAUGAAGCGGGGCAAAAACGUCGUGUUCGUCACCAACAACUCGACCAGGCCGCGCGAGAAAUACCUGCACAAGUUCUACCGGCUGGGCUUCACGGCCGUCACGCUGGAGCACAUCUUCAGCUCGUCCUACUGCUCGGCCCUCUACCUGCGGGACGUGGCCAAGCUCCGCGGACGAGUGUUCGUGGUCGGCUGCGACGGGCUCCGGGACGAGCUCCGGGAGGCGGGGAUCCCCUGCGCGGAGGACGCGGACGAGCCGGACGCCACCAUUUACGACUGCGCCCUGGCCGCGGACGUCAAGGCGGUUCUGGUGGGCCACGACGACAAACUGACUUUCCUCAAGCUGGCCAAGGCCUCGUGCUACCUGAAGGACCCGGACUGCUUGUUCCUGGCCACCGACAACGACCCCUGGCACCCGCUGUCGAGCGGGAGGAUCCUGCCAGGAUCCGGUUCCCUCAUGGCAGCCCUGGAGGUGGCCUCCGGCCGCAAGGCCACGGUGAUCGGCAAGCCCAGCCGCUUCAUGUUCGAGUGCAUCUCCAGCCAGUUCCCGGGCGUGGACCCGGCCCAGUGCCUGAUGGUGGGCGACCGCCUGGAAACCGACAUGCUCUUUGGCUCCAACUGCGGCCUGGACACCAUGCUCACGCUCACCGGGGUGUCGCAGAUGGAGGAGGCCCACCAGUACGGGAAUAGCCAGGUGUCGUCCGAUCAGAACCUUGUGCCGGACUAUGUGGUGGACACCAUCGCCGACUUCUUGCCUGCGUUUGAGGAACUGGAAGAUCAGAGCAAUUGACCGAUGGGGUAUUUCUCUUUGCGCUCUAUCGGCGGUACAGCCGUGCCACGAAAAGUGGGGGAAGAACCACCACAUUUUCACAAUUAGCUUUAUUGGCCAAAGGAAUUUUUCUCAUGGCGGUCGGCGCAGCCCCUGCUACGACGUUCAGAACAAAGAACAACAUAGCAACAAGAACAAGAGACAUUUGUCUUUAUAGGAACGACAGUAUUAGGAGCCAGGAGAGAGCUUUGGCACUAACUAUCCUGUGGUAUUUCAGAAAGGGUAGCAAAUCAUGGAUAGGUUUUAAAAAAAUAUUUCCUGAUUUUCAAAAAGGCAACUGCGAAUAUAUGAGGAAUUACUCUUAGUUUCAAGCAUUCCUCAGUGUUGACCAUUUGUGAUUGUCAUUUUGAUUGCACGUGUUUCUGAGGGGAACUCUGAAUGAGAUGUCAUUUUCUUGCAAAACCCUCUAAUGAACAUUUAAUUUUCGACUGAAAGGACUAUCCUCACAAGUGGAAAUCGUCUCCAAUCUCUAAGUCACUUGUGCUAAUAUUCCAAGUACUGUGUCUCCUCAUUUAGUGGCCACUUUUUGAGGAUGGGAAUGAUCGUGUCACACUAUCGUGAGUAUUCAGUGUUAGCAUAGAGUGCAUGUUUGCAACAAUAAAUAACUGCAUUUAUGCUAAAUA